UAUUUACCCAGACCAACAUGCGUCGUUUUGUGCUUUCUGCUCUUGCGCUCUGCGUGUCGGUUGUUGCCCAGUCGAGCACCGUAGACUCGUACAUCAGCACAGAGUCGCCCAUCGCUCAGGCUGGUCUCCUCGCGAAUAUCGGUCCUGAUGGGUCCAAGUCAUCUGGAGCAUAUCCAGGAGUUGUAAUAGCCAGUCCAAGCACGACCAAUCCUGACUAUCUCUAUACAUGGGUCCGCGACUCGUCCCUUGUCUUUAAAACUCUCAUCGACCAGUUCACCGCUGGUAACGACGCGUCCUUGAGGACUCUCAUCGAUGAUUUCACCACUGCAGAGGCUGCAAUUCAGCAGAUUACGAACCCCAGUGGCUCAGUUUCUACCGGUGGUCUUGGAGAACCAAAGUUCAAUAUCAACGAAACAGCCUUUACAGGUGCUUGGGGUCGCCCUCAGCGUGAUGGGCCCGCAUUGCGCUCGACGGCCUUGAUUACCUACGCGAACUGGCUGUUGGCGAACAACAACGCUUCCUACGUAUCAAACACGCUUUGGCCUAUCAUCAAACUUGACUUGGACUAUGUUUCCAACAACUGGAACCAGUCAACGUUCGACCUUUGGGAAGAAAUCGACUCUUCUUCAUUCUUCACCACCGCCGUCCAGCAUAUGUCAUUGCGCCAAGGUUCUACUCUCGCAACCGCCAUUGGCCAGACGUCUGUUGUUAGCGGCUACAACACACAGGCCGACAACCUUCUCUGUUUCCUACAGUCGUACUGGAACCCGACCGGCGGUUACAUAACGGCCAACACUGGCGGAGGUCGAUCUGGUAUAGAUGCUAACACAGUGCUGGCUUCUAUCCACACCUUCGAUGUUGACGCAGGAUGUGAUGCCGCCACAUUCCAACCUUGUUCAGAUGUGGCUUUGUCCAAUCUCAAAGUCUAUGUCGACUCUUUCAGAUCUAUCUACUCCAUCAACAGUGGAAUUGCUUCUGACGCGGCUGUUGCAACUGGAAGGUAUCCUGAGGAUGUUUACCAAGGUGGAAAUCCUUGGUACUUGACUACAUUCGCGGUUGCCGAACAACUCUACGACUCCCUUACUGCCUGGUCGAAAGCCGGUUCCCUCAACGUUACCAGCACCUCCCUCGCCUUCUUCCAGCAGUUCUCUUCUGGCGUCACUGCCGGCUCCUAUGCUUCAUCUACUUCCACUUAUAGCACCCUUACCACUGCCAUCAAGAACUUCGCUGAUGGCUUCAUUGCUGUGGAUGCCACAUAUACACCUUCUGGUGGAGCAUUGGCUGAACAGUACGGCAGAUCCAAUGGAACGCCUGUCAGUGCCGUCGACCUGACAUGGAGCUAUGCUUCUGCGUUAACCGUAUUCGCCGCCAGAGCUGGAAACGUAUCAGCCAGCUGGGGAGCUGCAGGGUUGGCUGUUCCAGCGACGUGCAGUGGUAACAGCGGUCCCACUGUCGCAGUGACGUUCAAUGUAGAUGCUACAACGGUUGAAGGAGAAAAUAUAUACGUGUCUGGAUCGGUAGGGGCACUUGGUAACUGGGAUACCAGCAGCGCUAUCGCAAUGUCUGCUGCUAACUACCCAACGUGGAGUGUUACCGUCAAUGUUACUGCUAGCUCCAAUAUCCAGUACAAGUACAUACGGAUCCAAAACGGGGCUGUGACAUGGGAGUCGGACCCGAACAACUCGAUUACCACUCCUGCCAGCGGUACAUACACCACAAAUGACACCUGGCGUUGAGACGCAAAUUUGUACUGUUCUCAAAGCAUGUAUGGUAUUUAGACAAGCAGCUAAAGAUAGUAAUGUAAAAACAUUCUGUUUUUCCCAAUCAUACAAGUCCUUGAAUAAUCUCUACAAUUGUGCCGCUAUACCUAUUUGAAUCUUAAUGAAGACCGAAUUUGUAGUCGAUACAUACUGGGCAUCCAGAUAAGCCGACAACGGCACCUUGAUCAGCCUAUCAGCGUGUCCACCAACCCGCGCACAAUGUAUGGUUAUCAUGUAUUAUUGUUGUGCGUGCAGUUCGUAAAAAUUGCCAGCUAAAGACAAUGAUGCGAGAACACCUUGAGAAUGUAAGAUCAUCGCGCUGCAUCACUGUGAUGGUGAUCCUCUAUCGUAUCUCCACCUAGCCAAGGUGAGCCAGGUUUAUUUUUCAUUCUCCUUGACAUAAUCAUACACCUGCGUCCAGUCCUUGCAGACAUGCGUUGUUCCCGUACCAUCUGUACCCGUCUUUGUGCCAUUUGGGUCGAUGAAAUUGAUAGGAUCAAGAGUAGUAUCAGCACUACAAAGGACGGACUGGCGAAGAUAGUUG